UCUCCACAUGUGUGUGUCUCUCUCUUUCUCCCUCCCUCUCUCUCUCUCAUGUCAUUACAACCACCCUCCUUAUCUUCUCCCCUCACUCAUGCACUUUGCCACCAGUCAGGUCUGCAGGACCGUGCGAUCAUGCUGUGGUUGCUCUGUGGCUGAGAUCUGAUUCGGGUGCCCCUAUAGCAGGAAGCAAACAAGGAAACCACACAAAAGACACAACAAACGUACUGGCUCAUACAGUAACAGUUGCAAUGGAGGAGUGGGAGGUUCACACAUCUUUAGGACCCACAGAAGCUAAAGGGAAUGUCUCAUCCCCAAUAGUGAACAGGUCUUGUGAGAAUCUGGAAUGCUACAUGGUCCUCAUCAAGGCAGAGAAGACAGCCAUCGGCUCCAUCUGUUUACUGGCAGGUCCCAUCACACUGCUGGAAAAUGUUCUUGUGUUGGGAGUGAUCGCUGCCACAGCCACCCUGCGGCGGCGGCCUUCCUACUUGUUCAUUGCCAGCCUCGCUCUGGCAGAUGUUUUCGCCAGCUGCUUCUUCACCACCAGCUUCCUGGACUUUCACCUGUUUCGGCACAGCGACGGCCCCACUGCUUACCUCUUCAAAUUAGGUGGUGUCACCAUGGCCUUCACCAGCUCAGUGGGGAGUUUACUGCUGACUGCUCUGGACCGCUACCUCUGUAUCCAGCAGGCCUCCAGCUACAAGGUUCUGCUCACCCGCCGGCGAGCUCUGCUGAGCCUGCUGAUCCUUUGGAGUGCCACCAUCGCCAUCUCCUUCUUGCCUCUGAUGGGCUGGAGGUGUCCCACAGGGCUUAAUCCACCUUGCUCACGCCUGUUUCCCUACAUCAACCAGGGCUAUCUGGCCUGCUGGACCAGCCUCACUCUGGUGCUCCUGGCUCUCAUUUUGGGGGCUUAUGCUCUCAUCCUGUGGAAGGCCCACCAGCAUGAGUCCUCCAUGACCAGCCUCCAGGGAGCAGCAGGCACAGGCCAGGCCCGCAUGAGGAUGGAUAUCAGGCUAGCGCGCACCUUUGGCCUGAUCCUAGUCAUACUAGUGAGCUGCUGGCUUCCUGCACUCUCCUUCAUGUUGGCUGAUGUCUCUGUGAUCCUGACCCACAACCAGCAGAGGGCCUUUGCCUUUUGCAGCACCCUCUGCCUGGUCAACUCUGCAGUCAACCCACUGCUGUAUGCACUGCGCUGUCGAGAGCUAAGAGUUGCUCUGCUGCAGUUGCUACAAAGGCUGCUUAUGUUUGGAAGGUGUAAAAAAUCUACAGAGGAUUUAACCCCAGGAUUACCCUCUGCAGAAGACAACAACUGUACUGCCGUAACUGAGGAUGAGAUGCCCAAGACCAGAACCACCCGAUUUAACUCGAGCUCAGAUAUGGUGAACGAUCAGAAGCAGAAAAUCUGAGACUGAAAUUGAGUAGCGGUACAGGCAGUGUCUGUGUUUGUGGCAGCGUGCUUAGGGUGUAGAAAUGGACAUCACUGAAAACUUCCCGUAGAUUAAGCAUCAAAACCUUCAAUACAAAUGAGCAGAAUUUCUUUCGAUCGGAUUAUUAGUGCUGGCAAAAACUUUAACUUGUCUUUUUGAUCAAGGUUAUUGCAGUAAGGCUAUAACACAAUAAAUACUGUCAGUAGAAAGAUCAGACAGUCUAUGAAAUGUAGGAAAUUUGCUACACAUAGUUUUACUUGCAGAUACAAUAUACAUUCAAAAGGCAGCUUAAGAGAACAUUAGACUUGGCAAAUAUUUUGUCACCAUUACACAUUAAUUGAAUCAUAACACAAUAAGUAUAAUUAACGUGCUAUAAUUUAAAAAUAUAGUUAGAACUAAUCACUAGUAGCAGAUUCCAGUGGAAAUAGAGUUUCUCAUCUCUGUGCUUUGGUUCAGGUCAGACAAAAGGUUAAGUUUAUGUUGGACUGAAGUGAGAUGAUGUGGCCAUUUGGUGUACAUUUCAGAGGUGACACGCCCGAAUAUUUAGAACAUAUGCAUUUGUACCCUUCAAUAAAGACAUGAAUGUGGCAGAGGACCUUUGUCUUGACAAAGUUAAAGACAUUAACAACAUAAAUUGAAGCAGAAAAUGCACAAAUUGGUGCAUAAAAAAUCACCAGAAUGCAGGACAUUAGGUUUUUGAUGCUAAAAUGUUCUGGUUGAGUAUCCUCAAACCCCCCCAUUUCACAUGUUUCCCCCUCCAUUGUUGAAACAAAACUUGCACCCAUGAUCUAACCUUUAACCUUUGACCUCACUGCCUCCCAUGUCUGUGCUUUACCGCUCUCACUCCUAUGACUUACACUGUGUGCUGUGAACUGAAGUGCUGACUUAACUUUUGGGCUCACCACAUGGUAGAAAAUUGGAUUUGUUGUUAGUGUGCUUGUUUAUGUUUGAGUAUUUGUCCCCGAGCGUGCACGAACAGAGGACACUGUGGGUUAUCCCAUCUGCACAUGAAUGCCAGGACUCCACAAAAGCCCCAUGCACGUGAGGAUUUCACACAAUGUUCACCACAUGAGUCCAAGCAGUGUGCCGAGGUAAAUGGGGCACAUGCCAGGAAGAGAACGAGCACAGACACUAGAACACUCUUUGUGAUAGUUACAACUGGCGCUGCACACAUGGAACACAUGUUGACACACUUAAACUCACAACUGCAUGUACAAGACAGAACACAUGUUUCAACCACAAUUUCCACUGAUGACAAUACUCCAUUUUGACUUGUUACAUGUUUCUUUUUAAGCAAAUUCUAUUAGUUAAUCUUGCUCUGUGACAAAACAAACAAACAAGGUGGCAUGCUGAACACUGGGAGUCUGCUAUGCCAGAAAAUCAGCCAUAAUACAAAAAUACUUAAUUCUGUAUGGGCAAGAGAUGGGAGAAGAGAACAGAUGAGUGCAGGGCAUUUUAUAUGUACACUGUUCCCUAAAAGUUAAAGUCUAAAGCAGGGGUGUCAAACAUACGACCCCGGGGCCAGAACCGGCCCGCCAAAGGGUCCAAUUUGGCCCACUGGAUCACCUUGCACACCUAGUAGUGAUGCACUUGUGAAGGCUAAGAGGUGCCAGGUUUCAGGAGCAAGUUCAACAGUGAAUAGCAGUGACCAGAAUACAGUUCUUUUCUUUCACUUCAGUUUGGUGUGGAGAUGUCAGGAUUACCACGCAUGAGUGGAAAUGUAUGGAUUAAUGCAUAUGUAUUGACUGCGAGUAGUCGACUGACUGAACAAACUGAGAAAUAUUGUUGAAACUGCAUUUAUUCUUCUGGAGACAUCACAGACUGUUUGUCAUCUGUUUUGUAAAUGGAUGAGUGUUUUAAAAUGUACUUCUAUAAACAAAAAAAGGGAGAAAAUUUGGAGGUGUUUGUUAUCUAUAGGAAAUCAUGCAAUGGUUUUACAGGUCUGGCCCAACUGCGACCACAUCGGACUGCAUGUGGCCCGUGAACUAAAAUAAGUUUGACACCCCUGGUCUAGAGGAUGAUCACAGGUAAUAUACAUUCAGUUAUCAGUUAAUUAUCGGGUCUAAUAAAACAACCCUGCAAUAAAUCCCACCUUCAUAAAGGUUAAGAUUUUGUUAAAAUUGUUGUCCUUUUAGAGAGAAGUGAUAAGAUUUGUUACACUGUAAAUUGGCAUUUGUAUUUGUUUAUUUACUUUACAUGAAUAACGGUAGAUUGAAUAUUAGAAACACCUCUCACUGUAAUGCAAUACACUUUGACACCUGCAAAAUCAUUAGCAACUACAACAAAAAAAUGUAGUAGAUGAGGAAAAUAUAGAUGUAAGUAUCAUUUAAUGGAAUAUCAAGAAUAUGAUUGCCCAUAUUCUUUUACAUAGAGAUGCUUAAAUGCUAUUUCAUUUUAAAUUGCUAAAUACUUCCCAGCAGUUUAAACUACUCUAACCUAGAUUAAAGUUAUAAUAAAUACUGCAAAACAGUGUCCCGGCUGCGUGUUUAGUUCUUCCCAUGGGUUUUUUGAUAACAAUUAUUACUUUUGUUUUGUUUGUAUUUGCCCAUAGUAAUUUAUUAUGCACUAAAAACCCAGGAUACACCUGUAAGAAAGAGUUUUAAUCCCACUGAGAAAGUUACUGUCCAAUCAGGUAUCAACAAAGUUAAUUUUAUUAGUUUAUCUUGGGUGCAGGGAGGCUUUUGGCAAUAUUAUCACAGUCAGAUGAACACCCAGUGGUGGAGACAGCAGGAAAUAUAAAAUUAUUGUUGGUUUUUUUUUUUUACUGGACAUUGCCAUUUUCAAUAAACAGACAAUAGAUUGCAGUGUGUGACUGGUUGUUGAUGCAUGCGAUACAAUGGGAGUGGUAUAGAGCAUGUGGCUGAUACCACAAAGAUAAGAUCGGAUAGUACAAAACAAAUGUGUCUGUGUUGUUUUAAAACGACACAGUUCCUGUUUUUAGUCACAGUGUACAGAGCUCAACACGUUGCUGCUCAGGGACUGUAUUCCAGGUCAUCAUCACCAUGCAGGAACGUUGCCUAUUGUAAAAGGGUAUUUAUCAAUGAGAUAUCCUCAACCUUUGUGUUUAUUCGCCGGGAUUAUGUGAAAAUACAAUGUGAAGCCUGUUAGUUGUUGACAGACGGCAAAUAAAUAAAUAAAAUCUGCUUUCUAUUGAAGGAGAUUAAUCCUGAAAGCACUUUUUAAUCUACCUGAUUUACCUGACCACCACCAGCAGACGUCUCGUGAACCUU